AUGGAAACAGAUAAAACUUUAGCUUCUUCAGAUGAAUAUAUUAAUCAACCGGUUGAAACAGUUAGCCGUGAAUUCAACCACCAACUUCACCUGCAAUCUGAUGAACCUUCUCCUAAUUCAAAGUUAUUGCCAGAGGCUCAUCAGAAUAUAACAGAAAACGAAGACGACGAUAACGAUAACGAUGAUGAUGAUGAUUUUACAUUUAUGUUCGUAGGAGGCGAUGCUGAUUCGCCGAUUGACGGUGAGAAAGUGUUGGAAAACGGUGAAACCCGGCCGGUGUUUCCAUUAUUUGAUCAGAAUUUGUUAUUAGACGGUGACUAUGAACUUGAAGAAGUAGAUCGUUUGCCGAUUCAGCCUCCGGUGGAUAAGAUUUUCGUUCCGUUGUCAGAAAAUGACGAAAGCCAAGACGGGACCACCGGACCUUAUUGCGUGUGGUCCAAGGAAUCGGUUACCCUUAGUAAGAAGAGCAACUCUACAGGAUUCUCCAAGCUAUGGAGAUUAAAAGACAAAGGCGGUCGGAGCAACAGCUACGGGCGUGAUGCGUUCGUGUUUUUCAAAAAUUCUGAUAAGAAAUCGACGACAACAGCAACAACAGGUUCUUCGUCUUCGGCUCCGGCCACAGGUGACGACGGGACAUUUAAAGUCAACGUGGCCGGAGGGAAGGCAAAGCUUGUUAAGCAAGGAACAAAGGGUAAAAAGUCAACGGUAUCGGCGCAUGAGGCCUACUUGAAGAGUAGAGAAGAAGAUCGCCGGCGGUCGUACUUACCUUACCGGCCGGAGUUGAUGGGGUUUUUCACCAAUGUAAACGGUGGUUUAACCAAGAAUGUCCACCCCUAUUAA